CCAAUGAGAACACACCAUCUGUAAACAUGGCGUCUGACUCUAGAUGGAGAUGUGUAACGCUAGUGCUGCUUUUGUGCACAUAUUUCCUUUGUAUAUUAGCGAUUGACAGUAAAGAUAAGCCAAAGAAAAAGAAGGAUAUCCGGGAUUACAAUGAUGCAGAUAUGGCACGGCUCCUGGAACAAUGGGAGGAGGAUGAUGACAUUGAAGAAGGUGACCUCCCAGAGCAUAGGAGGUCUCCUCCUCCCAUUGAUUUCACCAAGAUUGAUCCUUCCAAACCAGAGGAGCUGCUCAAGAUGUCCAAGAAGGGAAAGACUCUGAUGGUUUUUGCUACAGUCUCAGGGGAUCCCACUGAGAAAGAGACAGAGGAGAUCACAGGCCUGUGGCAGGGCAGCCUCUUCAACGCCAACUUUGAUAUACAGAGAUUUGUGGUGGGCUCCAACAGGGUAAUCUUCAUGCUGCGAGAUGGUAGUUUGGCCUGGGAAGUCAAAGACUUCCUUGUGGCCCAGGAGCGCUGCAUGGACGUCACCGUAGAGGGACAGGUGUUCCCUGGGAAGGCUGCCAAGAAGGAAGAUGCCAAAUACAAUCAGCAGAAUGAUGUCAAUGCCAAGAAGAACAAGAAGACGUCAAAGAGCAAGAAGCCUGACUUGGAGGGGAACAGUGCCAGCCAUCUGAAGCAGGAGCUGUGAUGAAAUAACAGAGGAAGAUGGAAGAGUCACAGGUCCUUUCUUCUGGCCUUAGUUGUGAGGGGCUGCCGGAUGACCUUACGUUGCAGUGGUUCAGAGUCAGUGGUAUGAGUGAAUGAAGUCCUGCAGGCCACUGAGCUGGUAUAAUAACUCAGAGAUUUAUUGUCUGUUCUGCAAUUAGCAUUGGAACAUGUUGCAAUGACAAAGCUUGAUAAGUACAAGCUCAGAACAUCGGUUGUGAAAUCAGCACUGUCUGUUCUGUUUAAUUUUUGUUGAUAGAUUAUCACUAAAUGAAAAGGCAAUCAAAGUAUGGAUUAUUUACCUUUUAUAUUAUUUUUCUGUGUCAAGACCCCUGUUAGGUACAGGAAGUUAGUCAUUGAUCAGACCUUUAGGUCCAGUUAUGCGUUGGGUUGUUUUUAUUCACAUCCAUUAAAAGAUUUGAUUCAAAGGUAGCACUCACAGUUUCUGUUUAAUUUUUCACUGAAUAUGAAAAUAAACAUUUUUAUACUAUCA